GCCGCCGCCCGGGCUGCUGUGGAUGGAGGUGGCGUAUCCCGCGCGGCGCGGGGAGUGAGCGGCGGAGCGGCGGGGCUUGAGCGGACUCGCGAUGGAGGAGGAGGGUGUGAAGGAAGGGGGCGAGAAGCCUCGGGGAGCGCGGAUGGCAGACAAGGCCGGCUGGAUCAAGAAGAGCAGCGGUGGCCUCUUGGGGCUUUGGAAAGACCGGUAUCUGCUCCUCUGUCAGGCCCAGCUGCUGGUCUACGAGAAUGAGGACGAGCAGAAGUGUGUGGAGACAGUGGAGUUGGGCAGCUAUGAGAAGUGCCAGGACCUUCGUGCCCUCCUCAAGCGGAAACACCGCUUUAUCCUGCAGCGAUCCCCAGGGAACAAGGUCAGCGACAUCAAAUUUCAAGCAACCAGUGGGGAGGAGAAGGAAUCCUGGAUCAAAGCCCUCAAUGAAGGGAUCAACCGAGGCAAGAACAAGGCUUUCGAUGAGGUAAAAGUGGACAAGAGCUGUGCCCUGGAGCAUGUGACACGGGACCGGGUGCGUGGGGGUCAGCGGCGCCGGCCACCUACAAGAGUCCACCUGAAGGAGGUAGCCAAUGCAGCUUCUGAUGGGCUUUUGCGCCUGGACCUCGAAGUUCCAGACAGUGGGCCUCCGGUGUUUGUCCCCAGCAAUGAUGUCAGUGCAGCCCAGCCCCGGGAGACCCUCAGGCCCCCUGUGCCUCCUACCAAGCCUUCCUCAGCACCCGAGACGACCAGCCUUGGUGACAGCCUGGAGACCCCUGCUGGGGAGAGAGCCCCAUCUCCUGCCUCAGCAAGCUCGGAGUCCUGCUCUGGGAGCCGAGAGGACUCAGAGACUCCAGUGCAGGAGGACAGUGGCUCUGAGCAGCCCCCCAGCAGGGUCCUGCCUGACAAACUGAAAGUUAGCUGGGAGAAUGCCAGCCCCAAGGAGCCCCCCGACUUUGAGAGUACAGAACUCCAGGUGCCCCGCUCUGAAACUCCUGAGGCUGUGCCCAAGGAGGGUGGGAAGCCCCCUACACCACCACCCAAGAUCUUAUCAGAGAAACUGAGAGCUUCCAUGAGUGGGAUGGGGACUUCUGGGCCAGCACAGAUUCCUGAGGCCUCUGAGACCUCUGCCCCAGCCCCAGCACAGAUCUCAGUGAAUGGCAUGGAUGACAGUCCUGAGCCAGUCAAGCCACCUCAGGCCUCGAGCGUCCCAGAAACUCCCUCAAAGGAUGUAACAACACCCACAACACUGCCCCACUGGAACCUGCCAUCUCAUUUCCAUCCCCGCUGCUCCUCCCUGGGGGACCUGCUUGGGGAAGGCCCCCGGCGUCCACGGCAGCCUGGAGAACGGCUGUAUCGGGCCCAGCUGGAGGUGAAGGUGGCCUCAGAACAGACGGAGAAACUGUUGAACAAGGUGUUGGACAGUGAGGCGGCCUCCGGAGGCACUGAGGCAUUGCUCAGCCAGGCUGUGGAGCAGCUGAGGCAGGCCAACCAAGUCCUACAGGAAAUGAGAGAUCUAGGAGAGCUGAGCCAGGAAGCACCUGGGCUACAGGAGAAGCGGAAGGAGCUGGUGACCCUCUACAGGAGAAGUGCACCCUAGGACCUGCUGGGCCAGGGCACGGUCCCUCCUAGCUGGCCCCGUCCAUCAUAGCCCAGCCCUGCCAAGAAACAUGCUUCUGCUCAGGCUGCAGAAGGGCCAUCAGGCAUGUUGGGGGUAUGGCCAGGGCCUGCAGAGAUUCCUGGUAUCCUUCCUGCCCCGCCCUGGCCAGUGGUGCCAGGUGCCAUCCAAGGCCACUCUCUGGCUGUCUGGCCCAGCCUCUGGGCUUGGACUGGGAGCACAGACUUGGUUGCUUGCAUGGUUGUUCUGAACUGCCCCAGGGCUUUAGCACGGCACUUGGGGUUUCUGGGGGUGACAUCUCUGCUUUCCACUCCCAGUAGUUUACAUUCCUGACUUCUGAAUAGAGCACAGCUGAGCCCCCACCCUGCAGCUCCCACGUCCAGAUGUUCCUGGGCAGAGAGCCUUAUGGCAGAGGCAGCUUCGAGCCAUAACAAACCCUCUCCACCCACCUACUACAAGUAGCUGCCAGGGCCUUAGGUCCAAGCUGUAGGUUCUUCCCUCAGCUGAAUGAGACCUGGAAUCCAGCUAGGGCCUGUGAAGGCAGGUGGGAGGCAGCUGGGUGAGAAAGCCAUUUGAUGUGUGGUUCUUCUCUGGGCCUGUUCCCUAUUCAUCAGGCCUUCCCCUCUAGCGAGCUAUGACUGGAGGACUCCAGGGUGGAGGAGGAACUCGAAUAGUCUCCUAGUAGCCUCUACCCCUGGACAAGUCUAUGUCCAGCCUUCACCUCUACAUUUCCUGUAGAGGUGAACCUGAGAAUGGCUCUGAUGUCAACAUCAGAAAAUCCUGUAUAUACUUCAUGAUAAAUCAACCUUCAGAAGAGAAACCACCUCAAAACUUCUGUGCCUCCCCAGAUGGGAUUUAUAUCUGGGCCUCUGGUUCCUCCUCAACCCAAAUAGGUCCAAUACCCUAAUCAUUUCUUUGAAUGGUGAUGGGGGGUAUGAAAUAACUAUCCUUUUCUCUCUUCUCAUACCCCUCUGGCUCAGGCCCCAGAUGGACUGCUCCUCCUGAACUUCCUAGGGGCAUUUUCUUCUGUCCCUUUCCUGGUCCAUGCCUGCAGCCUGAGCCUCUCCCUAUCCGUCCCGCCCCCCUACAAUUGUCCCUGGCUCUUUCCAUCUAGGUGCAGAGGCCCUGAGGGCCACAGCCACCCUCCCUGGGGCCUGUGGGAGUAGGAGCAGCUUCUGACAGGUCUGCUCAGGGGGUUUCUGCAUGCGCACUUUUAUUUACUGAGAGAGGAGAAGGGAGGUCACAGCUGCAUGCCCCGACCUUUCUGUCCACUGCCCCAUCACCAGUCGUGCCCACUGAGACCUGCCAGUGUGGGUCAAUGCCUUCUUUACUGUACUUCUACUUUGUUCUUGAGGGUAGUGGCCAGGGGUCAAGAGGGGCAAAUAUCCAUUCUGCAGCCUGUCCUGGGCAGGGUGGAGGUAAACAGUAAUGUCCUGAGUCAUGAGCCCCCACUGACCUCCUCAAACUACACUCUGCAGACAAACUAAGUUCCCAUGCCACAGUCUGCCUGUCCAUCUGCCUUCAGUAUAAGAGCAAGAAUGUCAUCAGGUGCUCACGUCACAUGGCCCCCUGCAGUGUUUUCUUGGGGAACAGCUUUCCCCAACCAGCAGCCUGGGCUGGCUGGGGCUUUAGCCAUGUCACCUGUUUCCAGGGACUAGAGUCUCAGUUUCCUCCUCUGAUAACUGGCCAAAAUGAGCAAGUAGCUCUGGGGCCACCUCAGUGACCUAAUGCCAUUGGUUCCUAUGGGGUCCCCAUGCCUUGGUGGCCUGUGGCCCACGGGGAAGGAUAGAAAGAUUGGGAAUAUGCAGGGGCUACCUUGCCUGCCUCCUUGAGGAGGUUGGCCUUCCAUGUCUUCUGUUAUGAAGCGCCUUUCUUGAAGUUUGGCAAUAAAUCCCUUUUUAUGGAACUUCUCUGCUGCAAGCCUGUUUGUUGGUGUAGGGAUGGGCUCCCUGGCCUCAAGGAAGCAGAAGGUAGGUGGUGGUUGGUGAGUGGCAUCACCAGUCCUUCAAGCUUCAUUCUAGGGCUCACCUCCUAUAGGCUGGGCCCCAUCUUUGCUAAACUCAGCCAGGCCCUCUAAUUUUACUCCCUCCCCACCCCCGCCUACAUCAUUUCUACAGGCUGGGAGCUAAGUGUCAUAAGAAACAAUGCUUUUCAAUUUUUAGAGACGAUUUGGAAAUGAUUUAAAACAGAACGAUUGCAAGAAUAAAAACAGUACGAAGAACACCCA